CCCCGCCUCCGCGGCUUCCUCCUUCCAAUUCCCUCUUCUCUUCAUAAACCUCCUCUCCUUCCCCGGCGUUCUUCUCGCCCUCGGUCCCGUCGUCCUCCUCCUCCUCUCUCUCUCUCUCUCAGAGCUUCAGCCAUGGGAAAUCCUCCAAGGCCACGGAAGCGAGUUGAUGCGGAAGCUACGCCCACUCUCAAGCGCGCCAAGGAUGGCAGCGCCUUUUCUCGAUGUGAAUCGUGCAACAAGGAUGUGCCGGUUGUUCUGAUCGACAUGCAUAGCUGUACCCUCGAUGCCACCAUCAAAAUGAAAUUUGAAUCACAGAUAGAAGAAAGGCCCGCCGUGUCAAAAAACCCGCUUGAAAGGAAGAAGAAAACGGUGAGCUCGGAGAAGAAGGAGAGCAAGCGUAAGAGGUCAAGUAAAGAAAGGGAUCCCAACAUGCCCAAGCGUCCGCCCACAGCAUUCUUCGUUUUCAUGGAUGAGUUUAGAAAGAAAUACAAAGAAGAGAACCCUGAAGAUGCAAAGAGCGUUGCAAAGGUUGCAAAAGAAGGUGGGGAAAAAUGGAAGUCUAUGACAACGGAGGAAAAGAAACAGUAUAUUGAUAAAGCUGCUGAACUGAAGGCAGAAUAUGAGAAGGCAAUGGAGAAAUAUUCCUCGGAAAAACCAACCGAAAAAGAAGAUGAAGCUGUGGAUUCGAGCAACGAAGAGUAGUCCCUCAGGAAUCAACUGUGGUUGAUCCAGAAGGAAUAGGAAUUCUAGGUUGGCGUCACUUGCGCCUUCUGUAAAUGUCAUGUUCCCGCUUUGCAAUUGAAGUUCCUUUUCGAAUUUCUUCUGCUUCUGGUAAUGGAGAUUUUUUUAUUUGGAAUUUUGUUCGCGCCCCUAAUGAAAAGUUUCCAUUUCGUUUGCUUCGAA